AUGAAGCCUAUAUUCGCAAUUGUAAGUGGAAGCAGUGCAUUAUUUGCAGCGUAUUUUUUAAAUGGCAAUCAACCAUUUUUUGAAACAAGGUCUAACCUUAAGUGUCCAGUUUUGAAAGAUGUCUAAUCGGUAAAAAAUUAAAUGACCAAUCCAUUAUGA